CCACCAGAUCCACACCACACGUUUCUUUACCCUAACCUUUCCACUGCUCCAUCUUCCUCGCAGCGCCGGCGAUCCAUCCUCCGCUCCCUCCCUUACUCGCGCUCGGCACGCAGGCGACGCCGGCGGUGGUCAGGCUCGGGCUCUAAGCGACGGCGUCAGUGUCUUCCCCUCCCACCUCUCGGCAGUCGCCUCGCGCCCUCGCCUCCGGUCCUCCACGCACCAGCCGGCUACUCUGCGCUGAGCUGAUUGUCCCAUUCAAUAAAGAAAGCGAAGGGCAUAGAUACCAGAAGCAACACUGAGCCCAUCUUGCUUGGAAUUCUAUCUGCUGUUGGAACAACUUACACCAAUAUCAUGGCAAACCUUGCUGAUUCUUUUCUAGCGGAUCUUGAUGAACUGUCAGACAAUGAAGGCUAUCCUGAAGAAGACAAUGCUGAGGCAGCGGGUAGGGAUGACGACGAAGAUGAUGAUAUGCCUGACCUUGAGUCUCUUAAUUAUGAUGACCUUGAUAGUGUCUCAAAGUUGCAAAAGACACAACGCUAUAAUGAUAUAAUGCAAAAAGUUGAAAAUGCACUUCAGAAAGGUACUGAUUUCUCUAAUCAAGGUUCCAUCCUGGAGGAGGAUCCAGAGUACCAGCUUAUUGUUGACUGCAAUGCUUUAUCAGUAGAUAUUGAGAAUGAAAUAAUCAUAAUCCAUAAUUUCAUACGGGACAAGUAUAGGUUGAAGUUUCCUGAACUGGAGUCCCUUGUUCAUCACCCAAUCGAUUAUGCCCGUGUUGUCAAGAAGAUUGGAAACGAGAUGGAUUUAACACUAGUAGAUCUGGAAGGACUUUUACCUUCUGCAAUUAUAAUGGUUGUCUCAGUGACAGCAUCAACAACAAGUGGGAAGCCUCUUUCUGAAGACAAUUUGGAAAAAACCACUGAAGCAUGUGACAGAGCCCUUACCCUUGAUGCGUCAAAGAAGAAAGUGCUUGAUUUUGUAGAGAGCAGAAUGGGGUACAUUGCACCAAACCUUUCUGCAAUUGUUGGCAGUGCUGUUGCUUCCAAACUGAUGGGUACUGCAGGUGGUCUGGGAGCACUUGCAAAAAUGCCUGCUUGUAAUGUUCAGUUACUCGGUGCAAAGAGGAAAAAUCUUGCUGGAUUUUCUACUGCCACUUCUCAGUUUCGUGUUGGCUAUCUUGAACAAACUGAAGUAUUUCAGAGCACCCCUCCACCUUUAAGGACUCGCGCCUGCAGACUUAUUGCUGCAAAAUCAACUCUGGCAGCAAGGAUUGAUUCAAUUAGAGGUGAUCCAACUGGAAAAGCUGGACGGAACUUGUUAGAAGAAAUUCGUAAGAAGAUUGAGAAGUGGCAAGAACCGCCUCCUGCGAAGCUUCCAAAGCCACUCCCAGUUCCGGACUCUGAGCCUAAAAAGAAGAGAGGGGGCCGUCGUCUUCGAAAGAUGAAAGAAAGAUAUGCGCAGACUGAUAUGAUGAAGCUUGCAAAUCGAAUGCAGUUUGGGAUUCCGGAGGAGAGCUCACUAGGUGAUGGCUUGGGGGAAGGUUAUGGCAUGCUUGGACAAGCAGGGAGUGGCAAGCUACGUGUCUCAGCUGGACAAAGCAAACUUGCUGCUAAAGUGGCGAAAAAGUUCAAGGAGAAGAGCUAUGGUAGCAGUGGUGCAACAUCAGGAUUGACAUCCAGUUUGGCAUUUACACCAGUUCAGGGAAUAGAGUUGUCAAAUCCACAGGUCCAAGGAAACCUUCUCGGAGGCGGAACUCAAAGUACUUACUUUUCCGAGACCGGCACAUUUUCAAAGAUCAGGAGGACGCAAUAGAAUCCUCUUUGCAACCAUCACAUCUCAUUUGCACUGCAUUUGUUGAUAUCCUUGGGAUGCACUGUAGAAAAUUCAAAAGUCAAUCUUGCAAUGUUCCAGAGACUUUAGAAUGGCAAUUCACAGUUAACAGUGAUGCUUCGAGCACUUAAUCCCAGGAUAUUUGCGACCGAACCUGACUUUUGAGAAUUCUGAUGUCCAUAGUCUAUAUUGCCUCGUGUACAAGUUCAAGCGAACAAUUUUUAUCUCAUGGUUACUACUAGAUGAGAUUGGUUCA